AUGAACGUUUUGGUGUAUGCCGGCAAUGGAACCACGGCAGAAAGCGUCAAGCAUUGCAUAGAGUCGCUCAGACUACAUCUAUCUCCAUACUAUGCUGUGGUUUCUGUAUCAGAAUCGGCCAUUUUGAACGACCCAUGGAUGAACAAAACCUCAUUACUUGUAUUGCCUGGCGGAGCAGACCUUCCAUAUUGUAGGUCAUUGAAUGGCGAAGGCAACAGAAAAAUUGCACAGUUUGUCAGAAAAGGAGGUAAAUUCAUUGGUUUUUGCGCUGGUGGUUAUUACGCAUCUGGUCGUUGCGAGUUCGAAGUUGGUAACCUUAGUAUGGAGGUUUCCGGCAGCAGAGAAUUGAGAUUUUUCCCAGGCAUUGCCAGGGGUUGUGUUUACCCAGGGUUCACAUAUAACAGCCAUAGUGGAGCCAGGGCGACUCCAUUGCGUGUCAACAACGAAGUGUUGCCAAAUGUCGAUUCUCGAGUGAUAAACUACUACAAUGGUGGAGGAUACUUUGUCAAUGCUUCCAAGUACCUGGGAGUACAAGUAUUGGCAUCGUAUGAGGAUCCUCUGAAGUAUUUUGAAAGCGAACAUGACCGGGCUGCCGUGAUCUAUUGUAAAGUGGGCAAUGGAGAUGUCAUACUUACUGGGUGUCAUCCUGAAUUCACACCCAGUUUGUUGAAACCGGAAGAAAACGCCGAGUUUAACCAUGCAAUUGAAGUUCUCCGUGUAAAUGAUUUGAGUAGAAGAAAGUUUCUCCAAAACUGUUUGAUGAAACUCGGGCUUAGAGUCAAUAAAGAUGUGGAAGUCACGGUGCCUCGUAUCACUCCGAUAUACCUUUCUUCAUACAUGAAUCAGUCUUUGAUCAUUGAGACGCUUGAUAGGUUGAAACAGAAUCUCGAUAUUAUUCAUGGAAAUACCUGGGAAGAUACCAACGAUACAUUCUGUCUCCACAAAGAAGAUGAGGACGACCAUGAGUAUUUUAUGGAAUCAGGCGAAGGACAACUUGAACACCAAAAUGCAAACGAAGCCAUCAAGCACCUUAAAGUGUUCACAUCAAAAGAGCUUCCAGGCUCAAAAGAAACACCGUAUUUCAACAUGCAAGCAUAUUUCAACGAACUAGAAGCUCUUUGGCGUAACUCUAAUAGUACUCCUGGUGCCAUUGGUGCCUUGCUUGGGUACGGUGAAGUAGUUUCUUCCACCAACACUUUGCUUGAUAAUAAUACUAGAUGGCUAUCACUUCUUCCUCAUGGAACCACUCUCACUGCCACCACCCAAGUAGCAGGCAGAGGACGUGGAGGAAAUCUCUGGAUCAACCCCAAGGGAGUCAUGGCAACGUCGAUACUCUUCAAAAUGCCCCCAGGAAAUAAUCAAACCUCCACCAUUGUAACGUUGCAGUAUAUGUGUUCGCUUGCGUUGAUAGAGCUGAUUUUGAAUUAUGGAGAAGGCUACCAACAGCUUCCUGUAAAGUUGAAAUGGCCCAAUGACAUCUACAUUUUGAAACCGGAGUACUUUAACAGUUUGGACGAUGCCAAUAGAGAGAACCCAGAAACCGUCGAUGGAGACGAGGAAAUGUUUGCCAAGGUUUCUGGUGCCAUAGUCAACUCUCAAUUCCUCGAUAAGCAGUUCCAUCUUGUAUGGGGAGCGGGGGUCAAUGUUUCCAACGAAGCGCCUACAACGUCUCUUAAUAUCGUGUUGGCAAAAAUGAACGAGAUCCGCAAACGCCAAGGUUUGCCUAUCUUGCCGCCAUACAGACACGAGCUUCUUCUUGCUAGGGUGGUGUUCAUGUUGGAAAACUACUUCAAUGCGUUCAAAAAGUCGGGACUUGAGCCAUUUUUAUCGCUUUAUUAUAAAAGGUGGUUCCAUAGUAAUCAGACGGUGCGGUUAGAAACUGGCCAGGGAACUCGGAAAUGUAUUAUAAGAGGCAUCACCAAAGACUAUGGACUCUUGGUGGCGGAGGAUGUGAAUUCUGGUGAGCGGUUUGAGUUGCAACCGGAUGGAAACUCGUUUGAUAUUUUCAAGGGUUUGGUAUAUAAAAAGAGUGUUUAG